CACAAGAGGUGGCAGGAUCCUAUUUUUGGAGGGGCUAUCAUCAAUCCAGAGGCAUGGGUCUGAGUGACAGGACAAGUGUUGGGCUGGACCUUCCCCCUCGCUCAGUUGGUGCAGACAUUCUUCAGGGUAAGCAGCAUCAGGACACCCCCUCCCUCCAAACACACACACACACAUCAUGUAUCCCUUUCCCUCUCCUCCCCCCUCUACUGAAGCUAAGAUGGAGGCAGCACUCUACGUAUGGGUGGAUUGCACAGGAGGGGUGUGUAGGCGUGGAUGUGCAGGCGGGUGUGUGUGUGUGUGUGUGUUUGUGCAGGUGUGAGUACUGGCCGGGGAGCUCAGGCGGCAGACGGUCCGCCAGAAGAACAGCAGAUCAGAGCUCUACGAGGGGGCCCUGACUGCUAACCAUGGAGCCACAGCACUGAGGGGCCGCCCUAAAAUAUAAUAUAUAUAAAAGCCAAACAAUAUCGGAUAAAUAAACAAGAAAAGAAAAAACUUUAAAAAAAGAAAAAAGACAGAACAAUGGUUGCAGAAGAGGUGAUCAUCACCCUGUCCGGUGGGGCACCUUGGGGCUUUCGUCUGCAGGGAGGCGUGGAGCAUCAGAAACCGCUCCAAGUGGCGAAGGUGCGUAAACGUAGCAAGGCCUGCCGGGCUGGGCUGCGGGAGGCGGAUGAGCUGGUAUCUAUCAACGAACAACCAUGUGGAUCUCUUUCCCAUGCCCAGGCCAUGAACCUCAUCGACAGCUCCCCUGGGAUACUAAACAUCCUAGUCAGAAGGGCGCCUGCUGCUUUUCAAUCUGUUGUCCUUGUCACCCGUGCCCCGUCUCCACGGAUAGAUAAAGAGUACCGUGCUGCUCUUAAAGCCAUGUCCCCAACCCAACCCCACCACGCGCCUGUCCGCGAGGUCCACCGUAGUCGCUCCUCCUUGACCAGUGGAUUAACUUCCCCACCUGGCAGCGAAGCUUAUUACGGGGAGACAGAUAGCGACGCAGAUGUGGCGGGUUAUGAGAGGCAACGGCGGCAGAAACGCAGAAGCCCCAGCAACUCCAACUCCGGGAAACCAUCCGGAAGGACAUCUCCCGAAGGAGGGGAGACGUCGGAGAUGAGUGGCUACGACAGUGCUCCAGAUGCCCAGGCUUUCCCUCGUUCACUGGAAGGACGUGGCGGAAAUGGAGAUGAAGGAGGCAACCUACCUGGGGUCACAAGAAAAGAGGUUGUUUACAAACCGCCAGGUCCAGGAAUGUGGUCCUCCCAGACGUCCACUGAAACUUCCUCGAUCAUCUCCUCAGCAGAUGACCAGGGGCCACGGGAUGGAGGACAGGAGGAAGACAGUGGUUUUCUAGAGCUGGCCAAUGUGCCACUGGUGUCCCCAGAGAGGGCAAAGGAGGCUCUGAUGUUGGGUUCUCGCAGUCAGCUUGUGCCCAUGGUGGGUCCUGUGAAUAAACCCAUUGAUGAGGAACUUACGACAACCUACAUGGAAAAGGCUAAGCAAGCUAAACUGAAUCGAGGGGACACACUUCAGGACAAGCAAGUAAAGGAAGCCAAGAGCAAGUGUCGGACAAUUGCAUCUCUGCUGACAGAUGCUCCAAACCCUCACUCUAAAGGAGUGUUGAUGUUCAAGAAAAGAAGACAGCGCUCAAAAAAAUAUACCUUGACAAGCUUUGGGAGUGUAGAUGAGGACAGGUUUCAGGACUCACAAGAGGAUGACGGGGUGUUUCCUGGCAGCGAAUCUGAGUUUGAUGAGGAGGGCUUCUCUGGAGCUCCAGACCCAACUUGGGAUAGCGACUACCUGGAUAAGCUGGAAAAGAGGGCGACGGCAGGCACAGAAGGUCGUGAGGUUGGAGCAGAAAACGCUUUGAAUCCUGGUUUGAGUGACACUGUCGGAAAGGGUGCUCAGUUGUUUGAGCAGCAAAGAAAAAGAGUGGAUGAACUUGCAAAGAAAGGAGAAGCAGCACAUUCUCAUGCACCCCUUGAAUCUCAAGUACAGGAGCAUUGUCAGAUGCAUCCAUUGCAUCUUGAAAUUCCUGUACAAGUGCAACCAACACAAGGACCUCAACAGUCACCAUCUGGUCCUACACCUGCACAGGCAAGUCAGCCUCAAAUUGUUAAUUCCCCCCAUGCAGUACCUCAUGGGAACUUAACUAAUUCUACAGUGAGUGCAGUUAGCACGGUGAUGGCACCUCCUCCUGUAGCACCCAAGCCAGUCACAGCCUUAGUUACGGUUCUGAGCAGUUCUGCACCCCCUCCUGAAACCCCGUUGCCUGAACUGCCUGCAAGCAAUGUUCUAAACAGAACGGCACGUCCUUUUACCCCUGGCUUCAUCAGCAUUCGAGCCGCAACUGCUCCUGUAACGUUUCGACCAGCUGUCUCAAAGAAGACACAACGACCUGCCUCAGCAGCUGUUGUGACCCCACCAUUUUCCACUGCUUCUGAAGUAGCCAAUAAUGCAACACCCGUAACAUCACAGCAACCCCCUGGUCCUCCACCAGUGGUUCCCCCGCCAUACUCCUUUCCUAAAGAUUUCCUACCCCUGACACCAGAAGCUCCUGUUACUAUUCACACUCCUUCUCUUUCUGCCCCUUUUGAAACAAUGCAGUCAUCACCAGGAUUAAGUGGUGUUCAUCAUUCUCCAUUUUCAACUAUGACCCCAGUGUCUAUGCCUUCAGUACCUAGACCCCCACAAACAUCUGUUCCUUUUCCUCCUUUGUCCCAAAUUAAUGGCUCAGCUGAUCCUAUUGCCUCAGUACCUCCACUCCAAGUGCCAGCAGCUCAGCCACCAGCUCCACAAGUUUCCAUACCAUCAGUUACUCAAGAAUCUGCAAUCACAAAGCCUGAAACUGUUGUCGCAACCGCUGUUCCUGGUCCGACAGGUCGUACAGGAAUCUUACUUGAAGCAAGACGGCGUAGUGGCAAACCUAAACCUAUGUUUAAUGUGCCAGAAGUGGUAAAGAAAUCCCCAAAUCCUGACUUAUUAUCAUUGGUUCAGAACCUAGAUGAACGGUCUACCAGACACAAAUAUGGCCAAACAACUGCUGACGACGUCUAUGAAGAGGAGGAAAGUGAUGAGGCUGGCACAGGAAGGGCGCCACCCCCAGUUGCACCAAAACCUCGGGUCAUUCAUGAGACCCCACAGAUUCUUCAAGCUGGGGGCAAAGGGGCUCAAUUGUUUGCUAAAAGACAGAGCCGCAUGGGUAUGUAUGUAGUCGACACCCCAUCUGAGACCCCUUAUCAGCCGGAUGUGGCCAUGCAAAUUACAUCUCAACAGUUUGACUCCUCUGUCAAUUCUUCCCAUCCCUCUCAGUGGAAAUACUCUCCAAACGUCCGUGCACCUCCGCCUAUCGGAUAUAACCCGCUGUUAGCCCCUUCUCUUCCCACAGGCCCUCAGAAAGAUGCAAGCAACCCAGACAACAAGGCAAGAGGAAGCUCCCAAAAGGAAGGCAUCAAGACUGUGGAUUUCAUGAAGAGGCAACCUUAUCAGCUCAACUCUGCCAUGUUCCAGUAUGGAGGCAGUGUCACCAAUCUGUCAGCCAUGCCUUCAUACCAGGCCCAGCAGAACAACUAUACAACAACAAUGGUGGGAAGCUCACUGACCUCACCUCGGCAAAUACCCCUCAAAACAGCCCGUGUCUAUGAAAUCAAGCGCUUCUCUACCCCAACACCUAUGUCAGCUCCAACUAUCACACCUAAAGUCAUUGCUCCUCGCUCGGCUACUACUCUUGGAGAACGUUUGACUCGUUCAGGCAUGACAUCCCCACCUCCUGUUGCCUUUGCUCCAGCUUCAGCUCCACUCCAGUCAGUCUGUACUUCGAAACCAGUUUUUUCUUCCUCCCAACCGACACGGCUACCCAACCUGCCAAAGUUCUCUGCCACCCCCAUUCCAUGCUCUGUACCUCCUUCGGUCCCCACACCUUACACUCCAGCCUCAUACUCCAGUGGGCUGCAGACAGCCAAGCAGUUUCAGAGUGCUCCAGAACUUAGCAUUCUUGCAUCUCUGCCCCCACUGAAAAACAACCCGGUUCAGGCCCCCAAACCACAUUUUGUUGCCACUAGGGGCGGUGCGCAGCCCCAUGUCUGGAGACCAGGGGCAUUUUAAAAAGGCAACACACCUGUGGGGUUAGUAAUUAUCAACAUAAUUACUGAAUAAUUAAUAUUCAGUAAUUAUAAGUAAGCCAUAAUCAGUAAGUCAUAAUUAAGGCUUCUGACUCAUUACAUGCAGACUAUUAGUAUCAACUGUCAUAACUGCUUCUUUGUUUAGUCACAGCACAGUUUUUCCUUUUAAAUAACAAAAGGAAAGUUUUUGCUGGCUGCAGAAACAAAGAUAAGGAUUUUGAGGAUACUAAUUUUGGAAUUUUUUUUUAACAUUUUACAAUAUGUUGAAAUACCAAGGUAUUAAAAAUGUAUUUCCUAUCUGGUAAAGAACAAAACGUUAGGCAAUGUUUUGCCAAAAGAAAUGAUUUUAUUAUGAAGUUCAAAAAUCUUCAAAUGAACAAAUACCUAUGUUCAAAAUACUGCAUUUUUUAUAUACCUUUGCUUUUGACAUAUAACUUGAUACUAAUGGGGUAAAGCAGUACCCUGGGCCUAGUUUUGAUUAGGCAUUUGCAGGCUUAUGCCUUUCGUUCAGACGGAAUAUAAACCCUAAUGCUCACUUUAGCCUGGAAGGAAGGAUUUCUCAUUUGCACAGGUCACAUUAUGUGAGCACAGUUAGAGCAAUACUUGUCACUUGGCUAAUUUUAGAUGCCAUUCAGGUACAACACACUCUCAUUUUGCAAUGUGGUUGUUUGCAGAUAUAUGUACAUUGUUAAAUUUUAUUAAACAAAUUCUAAAUAUGAAGGAUGUGUAUUUUACUUUAUUUUUAGUCUUAGAGGAAUUAAUGGAAAGUUGACGCUGUUCAAUUUUGUAAAAAGGCUUAAGGAAUGAGAGAAGCUGUGACGAGACAAGAGGGCGAUACAUGUAAUGGAGUCUUAGGCAGAUCGUUGUCCAUUUGUCUGAAAUGGACGUGGUCACAUCUUUUAAAAUUAAGGCUUCUGACUCAUUACAUGCAGACUAAAAUCUCACAGACUGUAGAUGUGAACAGGAUGGCCAGGGAAGUAUGAUCAGGCAAAUUUGUGGUGGAGCUUAAAGAAUUGAUGGAUGGAAGACAGAGGCUUUAUUGGCAUCUUUUGUCCCACAAUAGUUGUGACAAAAAGCUGAAGUGUAAUGGAAAUGUACCUUGAAACCGAUGUUUUGAUGGAAGCAAGUAAGGCAUAUCUACAGUUGUUUGUUCUUCUUUUAUUUUUUAUUUUUUUUACUAAUGUUAGAUAUAAUUUCUAAUGAAUGCUUGCAUUUAUAAUACAACGGCUAAAGAUACUAAAAUUUUGCAUAUAGUUAUGUUGAGGUGUAAAAUAUGUUAUUCAAGCAGCUGGAUAGUUAGAUUAGGUGUGAAACUGUUUGUCAUUUUUGCUGAGUUAGAGUUUAUACUGAGUAAGAGAAGGCAAAUAUUUUGGAGAAAUAAAGUUAGAUUUGAAAGAA